GCAUGUUUAAGUGUUUUGAGUCAACAUGAACUUAUAUAAAUAAGACUAAUACAUGUGGAUAUGAGAACCCUAAGCAGCUGCGGAGCUUCUUCUGUUGAUCCGGUCACUCCAUAACCUCUUCCAGAGCUCUAAGAAUUCCUCCUGCGGAUUCAGCGAGCAAAGCUGAGAUUUUCACUGACGACAGCGCUUAAAAAUGGGAUCUUGGAACUGGAUCCCCCUGUUCUGGAAAGGAGACAAGGUUUCCUCUCGUGGCUUCCACUCUUCCUCCAGCGCGGAAGAGGUCACUGAAGGCAUCGACGCCAGCCAACUCACUGCCAUUGUCACCGGGGCAACUAGUGGAAUUGGGAAGGAAACCGCAAGGGUUCUGGCACUGAGAGGCGCCACCGUCGUCAUCCCCUGCCGGUCGCUGGAAAGCGGCGGAAAGGUGAAAGAAAGCAUUUUGGAGCAGAAUGCGGAUGCCAAGAUCCAUGUUAUGGAGAUGGAUUUGAGCUCCCUCGAUUCGGUGGAGUCCUUUGCUCGAUCGUUUAAUUCAUCGUACGAGCACCUAAACAUUCUCAUCAACAAUGCAGGGAUUAUGGCCUGUCCCUUCCAGCUAUCCAAAGAUGGAAUAGAGAUGCAGUUUGCUACUAAUCACCUUGGACAUUUUUUACUUACUAAUCUGUUGAUGAACAAGAUGAUAGUUACUGCCGAAGAAACAGGAAUACAGGGAAGGAUUGUUAGUGUUUCGUCUUUGGGUCAUUCAAGCAAAUUUGAUGAAUCUUGGUUUAAUUUGGAGAAGAUAAAUGAUCAAUCUAACUAUGGACCUUUUGCUGCUUAUUCUCAUUCUAAGCUGGCAAAUAUAUGGCAUGCAAAUGAGCUUUCUCGGCGUUUACAGGAAAAGGGCUGCAACAUAACAGCAAAUUCUCUUCAUCCUGGAGCAAUCCAUACUAAUGUGUGCCGCUAUCUAAAUAUUAGCUCAUUUAUACUGGAUGCCAUUGCUGUUGCGACGAAACCUUUCUUAAAAUCCAUACCCCAGGGUGCAUCUACUACCUGCUAUCUUGCUCUACAUCCUGACAUGAAAGAUGUAACUGGAAAAUAUUUUGGGGAUUGCAAUGAGACAUUGCCUUCUGCUGUUGCAAGAGACGAGGAAUUAAGCAUCAAGUGCUGGGAAUUCAGCCAACAACUCCUAAACAAUUUAAGAGGGCCAAUUGUUGUACAUUAAAGGAGUGUUUUCUUGUCCAAUGUAUCUUCUGGAAAUGAACUUUAGCUACAACUUUGAAUUUACUUCAUCCAAAUCACUCAUCAUUUUGUUUA